UCGAACAGAACACUGAGCUGCAGCCUGCAGGGGAGUACUUUUAGCUAGCAAGAGACUAUUCCGGGAAAGAAUUGCAGAGAACAAUGGCGGAAGAUUCCAUAUCUACCUUCUGCAAAACUCUAUCUUCAUUCUGCAAACACCUCGAAACUAGUAGCAACGCUCUCAAGGACUCUCUUGAAAGACGACCCAUCCCUCUCGAAUCAGCAUCGUCCACCUUCAUACAGUGCCUCAACCGCCGGGUUUCGUCUGCAAGCAAGGACCUCAACUUGCUCGAGUCGAUGGCAUUUGGAACGGUAUCAUUCGAAGAGCUAUUGGGUCACUGCAACGAAGUUUACAAGAAGAAUCAGAGCGAUCUCAUUGAACUCGAAGACCGUUUCAGAAGCUUCGGAUAUGUUCCUGAAGUGGAGAUUGAUGACGAAGAUGAGGUUUCGGGACUAUCUACUCCUGUUGGUUUGGACUCCAAGUUAUUGAAUUCCAAGGAUCUAUCUUCCUUUUCUUGUGGACCAGUUUCUGCUGCAGGGUCCAUUAUGAAGAGGCUUGGAGAGGACCCCUUAUUUGAAGUUGAGGAGUCUUUGAGUUUACAAAAUCUAGGGCUUUCUGAUGUCUGUCUUGCUACGUUGGCUUAUGAAGCUAAUGGUAAGAGUUCCGUCUCAGAGGUAUCUUUUCAUGACCAAAUGAGUGAAGUACAUGGAACAAAGAAGCCAUAUGAACCUUGUGCAAAUAUCUUGAGCACUACAAGAGGACGAGACAAAGAUGACCCUAAGUCAGUGGGAAGUGCAACCAGAACUUCAAUAAAUAUUUCUAAGGAUGACUACGAACGUCUUCCUUCCUACAUGAAAAGUUUGGCAUCAUGGGAGGAUCUGCAUGCAGCCGUUAUGAAGAUGAACUCAACCCUAACCAAACAUGAGAAAUCAAAUGCAGGCAACUUAUUCCACCAAGAUGAACUUGCAUCCAUGGGGUUAGGGCCAAAAGGAAGAUCUUAUCUCUUGCUGUUGUUACGUAUGAAUCGGUUAGUUGUGGAGACUGUAGAUGGUUCAAUUGCAUAUCGUGUAUUGUAGGUGAUGUAUACGGUGUAGAUUUUCCUGUAACUGGAAUGAAUGAAGGUAUCUGUGGUAAUGUACAAUAAUCUUUUUCAUUGGGGUUUCCUCACUACUUUCAAUUAGCAUAUGAAACAUGGAAGGAAACAAAUGGAAAGAAAUUCUGUUAUUUUUUUAUGUAUAUAGUCAUUUGGAAGGAUUAGUUUGUA